AUGCAGUUCAUGGAGGACAAGAGGAAGAAGAAGAGUUUGCCAUGGUUGCUUAGAGGGUAUGUGAAAGGAGGGCACUUUGAAGCAGAGACAUUGGUGACGAUGAUCGACUCUGGUUUGUAUCCGGAGUAUAUUGAUCGAGUGGCUGUGAUGCAGGGGAUGACGAGGAGGAUCCAACGGCCGAGAGAUGUGGAAGCUUAUUUGGGUCUGUGCAAGAAGAUGUUUGAUGCUGGUUUGGUUGGACCUUGUCUUGUGUAUAUGUACAUGGAUAAAUAUAAGUUGUGGAUAGUGAAGAUGAUAUGA